GUUAGUAACCAAUUCACGAAGGCACAUGUGUUGUGUAAUGAAAACAUGGGGCUUUUAUCGGAAAGUGAUUUUACUUCCAAAAAACAAAAAGUGUUUUCCAAAAAAGCCAAGCGAUUUGAUCGUAAUGCGGUUCGUCGUAGCAUAGCUAACGUAAGUUGCAGUUUAGAUGACGAUGAUAGUGAUGUGAAAAGUGUUUCUAGGAAAAAUGUGCUUUCAUUGAGUGGUAAUGAAGAAACAACUUUAAUGAAGUCGAGGGAGAAAAAACUCGGAAACAGGAGGAGUAGCAUUGCCAAGUGGGAUGUUACAGAAUUAUCUCCUUCCUCGCAAUAUGUCAACGAAAAAUCAGCGGAUGAUACAGAAAAGCUUAAAAGUAUCCGGGUGGAGAGAAAAAGGAAGGUGCCGCCGGCAGUAACACACAUUGUCGAGGAUGAAAGUAUUGGUACAGGAAAGAAAGAAAAAUUAAGUCGGAGGGAGCAGAGCAGACAUACGAAAGCAGCAAGCACAAAUAGGAAAGAAGUUGAAAGCGAUUUGGAAGAUGUUGAAGGUGACACUACCAUUGGUUCUGAUGUGCAGCAAUCUGCUUUUGAGGAACCAAUCGUCACAACAGAAGAAGUAGAGAAGGCUGCUAGGGCAUUGUUGAAACUUGUUAAGGUGACAGCUGUGAAAAGAGGUCGAAAUCUGUUUGAAAGUGAGGCUGAAUCUGUGCAUAUGCAGAUCAACUCUAUCCGCAUUCCGAGAACACCCACUAGAAGAAUCAGAUUCUCACUGCCACACCCAUUAGUGACAGAGACAUCGGAUAUUUGUCUUUUUGUGCCAGACUUGAAGAAAGGUCCGAGAAUUGAUCAUGAACCUACAGUAGCACAUUACCGCGAACUUCUUGACCAGCAUGGAGUGAAACAAAUUACUCAGGUUAUGCCAGUACGCCAACUGAUAGAUGAAUAUUCCCAGUUUGAAAUGAGGAGACGCUUAUGUGGCACCUACGAUUUUUUCCUAGCAGAUGGACGAAUAUGUGGACCCAUAAACCCUCUUCUGGGAAAAGAAUUUCAUGUGAAACGCAAGUUACCCACACCAGUUAACCUACAGUCAAAAAACUUGAAGAAAGCUAUUGAAAAAGCAUUGUCCAAAACAGCGCUAACAGUUACACCUCGUGGGGAUUCAACUUUAGUCAAGAUUGGUCACAGUCAUCACUCACCAGAGCAGCUUACAGAAAAUAUUAUGUCUGUCAUAGAAGAACUGAAGACAAGGUUUCCUGGUGGUUGGCACAAUAUCAGGCAUCUGAGCCUCAAAACUAGUAAAUCCUUGAGGGUUCCAUUUUAUGUCACAAUGAAAUCUGCCAAUAGCGUGAAGGUUCCGGUGGAGAAGCCACGAAGGCCCAAGGCUGCAGUGGCUGUGGAGGAUGAGCUGAGCACAAUCCCAGGAGCAAGAGUGGUUGUACUACCUAGUGGAGAAGUCAUUGUGAAGAAAGAAGCCAACUCUGAGGACUCUGCCAGCGAGGUUGAAUCUGAGGGAGAACUGGAUGAUGAUGAUGAAGAAGAAGGUGAAGAUGCAGAUUCAGAGACAGAGAAGGUUGAUACAAAGGAGGUGUCCAAAGGUGCAAUUAAGCCUAAAGUAAAGGUUAAUUCAGAUGAUGAAAAUGAAGACAGUGACAGUGAUGUAGAAGCAGCAGAAGAUGAAUAUUUGUCUGGAUGGAUGCAAGAAUUGGGGGAAUCAGAAAAGCAUAAUGAUGAGGAAGAUGAACCAGCAAAAAAGAAGUCAAGACAUCAAGAUGAUUCAACAAAACAUAAGAAGAAAACAAAAGUAGGAAAAACAUUAAACACUACAAAGUCUGUGAAGAAGACUAAGAAAACACAAGAUACAAAAGAAAGUGAAAAAAAGAAAAAGACAAAAAAAUAAACGAAGUAUUCAGCUAGGAAACUGUUGUUGUUACUUCCAACAGAUAACUUCAAUAUGAUGUUGCAAAAUAUUGUAAUAAUAAACUACAGUAAUUUUUGUAGUGUG